AUGGCAGGGAGCCUCUCUUGGGUGGCAGGCAGGUGCUUAUGGGGCCAGGUGCCGCUGGCCUGCAGAAGUUUCUUUCUGGGCUUUCCCAGAUUGUUUCAUGUAAGGGUCACCCUCCCGCCCCCCAAAGUGGUUGAUCGUUGGAACGAGAAGAGGGCGAUGUUCGGGGUAUAUGACAACAUCGGGAUCCUGGGAAACUUUGAAAAGCACCCCAAAGAAUUGAUCAAGGGCCCUGUGUGGCUUCGAGGCUGGAAGGGGAAUGAACUGCAGCGUUGUAUUCGAAAGAAGAGAAUGGUAGGAAAUCGGAUGUUCAUUGAUGACCUGCACAACCUGAACAAACGCAUCAGCUUUCUCUACAAACGCUUUAAUCGACAUGGGAAGCACCGGUAG